CACCAAGACUGAAGUGGGUUGAUCUCAGUCAUUCGAGUAAGUUGAGUUCCUUGUUGGGUUUAUCAAAAGCACCAAAUCUUUUGAGAUUAAACCUCGAAGGCUGCACGAGUUUGGAGGAGUUAUCCGGAGAGAUAUUACAAAACAUGAAGAAUCUCAUUCUCUUGAAUCUAAGAGGAUGCACAGGUCUUGUGUCUCUGCCAAAGAUCAGUCUAUGUUCCUUGAAGAUUCUCAUCCUCAGUGGCUGCUCGAAGUUUCAGAAGUUUCAGGUGAUUUCAGAAAAUCUAGAAACUUUAUACUUAAAUGGCACUGCAAUAGAUAGGCUUCCUCCAUCAGUUGGUAAUCUCCAGAGACUUAUCUUAUUGGAUUUGAAAGACUGCACAAAUCUAGAGACUCUUUCUGAUUGUACAAAUCUAUGGAAUAUGAGAUCUCUUCAAGAACUCAAACUUUCUGGUUGUUCAAAGCUCAAGAGUUUUCCCAAGAACAUAGAAAACUUGCGGAAUUUGCUACUCGAAGGAACAGCAAUAACAGAGAUGCCACAAAAUAUUAACGGCAUGUCUUUACUGCGACGUCUAUGCUUAAGCAGGAGUGACGAAAUCUGCACCCUGCAGUUUAACAUCAACGAACUGUACCAUUUGAAAUGGCUAGAGUUAAUGUAUUGUAAGAAUCUCACAUCUCUUUUGGGGCUUCCACCAAAUCUUCAAUUCUUAUAUGCUCAUGGUUGUACCUCACUGAAAACUGUGUCAAGUCCACUAGCCUUGCUUAUCUCAACGGAGCAGAUUCAUUCUACGUUUAUUUUCACCAACUGCCAUGAACUGGAACAAGUCUCAAAGAAUGAUAUCAUGUCUAGCAUACAGAAUACAAGACAUCCGACAUCAUAUGAUCAAUAUAAUCGGGGUUUUGUAGUUAAAUCCUUGAUCAGUACUUGCUUUCCUGGAAGUGAUGUACCUCAAUGGUUCAAGCACCAAGCAUUUGGAUCAGUUCUAAAGCAGGAGCUGCCUCGGCAUUGGUAUGAAGGCAGAGUAAAUGGGUUAGCUCUUUGUGUUGUUGUCUCGUUUAAUAACUACAAAGACCAAAACAACGGUCUUCAAGUGAAAUGCACCUUUGAGUUCACUGAUCAUGCCAAUGUAUCCUUGAGUCAGAUAAGUUUCUUCGUCGGAGGCUGGACCAAGAUUCCAGAAGAUGAACUAAGCAAAAUUGAUUCGGACCAUGUCUUCAUUGGCUACAACAACUGGUUCUAUAUAAAAUGUGAAGAAGAUAGGCAUAAGAAUGGAUGUGUUCCUACUAAUGUUUCCCUUAGAUUUGAAGUCACAGAUGGUGCAAGUGAGGUUAAAGAAUGCAAGGUUAUGAAGUGUGGCUUUUCUUUGAUUUAUGAGUCAGAGGGAACUGAGAAGGUUUCUAGGGACGCAACAUUUGAUGCAAACUCGAAGAUAGAGGAAAGUAAACUAAGUGAAACAAAAUCUUACAAAACUGCAGAAGAUGAUGUUGAUUUCUAUGGUGAAGUGGCACAAGGGUUGGAGACUUGGAGUUUGAUAAGUUGACUCUACUCAACCCCUUUAUUAGCGAGGUGCAUUAGUUUUUUUUUUUAUAUAAACAAAAUGGGUUUGAAUCCAAAUGCAUUUGGAUGAUAUGGGUUAUAAGGAAUGAGUUAGUUACAGGUUAACCAUUAUUCAUAUAUAAACUAGAGGAAAACCCGCGUGAUGCUAUGAUAUAUUUUUUUCUUCUACCAAGUUUUUUAUGUGAAUAAAGCAUCUAACCUAGCUUAUUUUUAGUGUUAAGUACAUAUUUUAGCAUGCAGAUAACGAAUCUUGGCUAUCAUAGAAAUUAUAUCCUCCUUUGAUCAGGACUUCAUUCCAAACAAUAUUGAUUGUUGGAAACUUGCCUUCGGUCUCAAUCCUUCUCUCUUGAUAGUAGUGGUUGAAUUUCGGUUGUUCCGGCUCUUUAACUUUACCAAC